GCUUCGUGUUCGUUUCAGAUUGUGUUUUUCACUCCAAUUAUAUCUUGAAUACUACGCACCCAAAACUGAUACCAAGUAACAACUGAAAUUACAAUUACUUAAAUAUCACAAAUUUUAUCGAAUGAGGCUUCAGAUACAAAGAAAUCAAAAACGAAAACAGAAAGAACGUACAACAACAACAACGACAAUAGCAGCAACGAAAAACCUCAAUUUCAACGAAAGAGUAGCACAAUGACUGCGGUGGGAAGGAUCAUGCAAAAAGCAGAUGGAUCGAACGAUAGAUGAUGUGAAAAUAUAUCAAAUAAUGCGUAAAACGUUAUGGCCGUUUCUGCACGCAAAAUUCAAAAGAUCGUCCGUAUUUUAUAAGGAGACACAUGAUACUGUAUAAAUCGUAUAUAAGAAUAUAAUAGAAACGCAUCGCUGCCUUAUAACAGAAAACGAGACCUCGCAAUGUCGAAGAACGGGCAAUUAUCACGAGACGACACCGACUCGUGAAAAAACACGUUACAGUUUAGACAAUUCAACGAAUAUUUCAAGAUAAUAACAAUAAUAAUUAUGGAUGAAAUAAAGGUGGCGAACUUGGGCCAAGCGGCAUCAGCCGCGUGUUCGAUGGCUACGAAUUUCUUGGCGCCAGUGAAAACCGAACGGCAAAUCUACGAGAAUUCAAUGCUCGAGGACGAUCCCAAUGCCAACUCAGUGGUGUCGACUUCGCAAGAGGACAGAACCGUACCGAGAUGGGGUCCCAAUCACAAGGGUGCUCAAGAACUCGCAAAUCUUUACAGUACCGGUAAUAAUUUUUAUUGCAAAUUUCUUUGUUUCAUAACAACGUUUUUGUUGCAGGUUCUUGUCAGAUUACGAUUAGAAAAUUUAAGUUCGAUAGCAAUAGCAGCAUUUUGCGGCAUCGUUACCGCAGAUUUUGGAUCUGGAUUAGUUCAUUGGGCCGCUGAUACAUGGGGUUCUGUAGAACUCCCAAUUCUUGGAAAGAAUUUUUUAAGACCAUUUCGAGAGCAUCACAUUGACCCAACAAGCAUAACAAGGCAUGAUUUUAUAGAAACUAAUGGUGAUAAUUUCAUGGUUACAAUUCCAUUUCUUUCUAAAUUAACAUGGGAUUUUUUAAUCCUCCCAGAAUCAGAAAUACAGCAAAAAUUUGUUUGGACUUGUUAUUGGUUUUUACUUGCAAUUUUUGUGGCAAUGACUAAUCAGAUACAUAAAUGGUCACACACAUACUUUGGAUUACCUUCCUGGGUUGUGUGGUUACAAGAACACAGAGUUAUAUUGCCUAGAAAACAUCAUCGUGUACAUCAUGUAGCACCACAUGAAACUUAUUUCUGCAUUACUACUGGAUGGUUAAAUUGGCCAUUAGAACAACUUCGAUUUUGGUAUAUUCUAGAAAUUAUAAUUGAAAAAGGUACUGGCUGUAAACCCAGGGCUGAUGAUUUGAAAUGGGCACAAAAACGAUCUUGAGAAUUAAUGUAUUUUAUCGUUUUAUGCAUUUCCAUGGAUAAAAAACAAAUUUAACAAAAAAUGAAAUUUUCCAUGAGUUUGUAACUUCAUGGAA